AUGGACAUUAGUAAAUUAUUAAAAAGUGUUAAUAAUUUAAAUGAAUAUAUAUCGGCUUCACAAGAUGUAGAAACCAAUUACAAAUAUACUAAAAUUCAAUUAAAUAUGUCGACAGUUCUCGCCCUAAGAAAAGCAGGCUCACUCGAAAUUGAGUACUUCAACAAAUGUGAGGAAAAUGGCGCUGCUGUUAAAAUAUUCGGACAAUUAUUACUUUUACCACCAUCUAAAACAUGGAGUCUUCUAGGACGAGAGCUGAUUUCACUUUUAAAAUACUGGCUUGAUGCUUUGCGCAAGCACAUUAUUUUUCACAACAAUCAUUGGUGGCUGUUUUUGCAAAAACUAUUGCAGUUCAUAAAGAGUUUAGGGAGAAGAGAUAACUGGUUGGACAUUAAUUCCGAGACUAAAUGCAUAUCAAUGAUAUUGGAUUCGAAGUUGCUCGAAAUGCUGGGCAGCGGUUUCAACCCCACUUUCUGUGAAACCCUUGUAUUAACCGAAGAUAAUACACGUGAAGUCAAAUUGUGCAGGGAGCUGAUGGAUAUUUUUAUCACGGUGACGACUUCAGAACCACCACAACUCAUACCAUCUUCGACUAGUAUUACGGGCAAAGGCAGUAUGGAUGUGAAGAUUGUAAUAAGUUCCAAUAGUGACAUGAUGAGGGUCGACAAGGCAUUGCGUGGGAUUUUUGCUGAUAAAUAUCAGGUACUUUUUGACGUUGAGAGUACAAUAAACCUGUCGUCGCAUGAGAAAAGCAACAGUUCAGAAUGCGGUAAUGACUCUCUCCAUGAAAAAUUAGCCGCUUUGCCGCGGUACAAUUACGAUAAAGAACCCGUAAGUUUAUGCGCUAGACCCCAAUUGUCCAGCGUUACUGAAGUGAGCGAAGUGGAUGAUCAUCAAAACUUAAACACGAGUUCACAACUGAGUCGAUAUGGCAUCUGUCAGAAAAGUUUGUUAAAAGGGGAAGCAAAGGGCAGGGAAAACGACAAAACCAAUGAAGUUCAAAAAACACGUUUGUCACCAGCAGCGACGGAUGAGAAAAAUUCUGUUAGUUGCCUUUUAGUAGCUUCUAUUGGAACUGCGGACGAAUCUGUUAUAAACGAUACUUUGGAACGAUUAUCUAAAAAUAAAGAUUACAAUGAUGAUAUUUUAAUAGACGUUUUGGUCCAAGAAGCUUUACAGAGUAAAAUUAUAAACCACAGCGAAAGUAAGGCUUUAGAUGCCCAAAGGGAUUUUAUAAAAGUUAAAGAAAAUAAAGAAAUGUCAACUACUGGUGAUAAGGUUAAAAAUUGUACAGUUAUUAGUAACUCCACAUCUGCCGAAGAAUCUAACAAUGAUAUGGUAGAAGGAACACAAUUCAGUAAUAUAAAUUUUGAAAGAAGAAAGUUCAGGAGAAAAAAUGCUCAAUCGACUAACAUAAAGACUGACAAAGAAAUAUCAGCGGUGAAAACUGUUGAUGAAAAGACCGUUGAAGAAUUUUUCUCGCAACAUUUUGCUGAAAAUCGUAAUGGUGAAUUAGCCCAACAAGUAAGCCCAACGUUGGCAAAGAAAAUAAACGACACUAGUUCUGAAGGUAGUGAAGGUUUUGAUGAUUGUUGCAUUGAGAAGGAUAUGAUUACAAAUCGGCAGCUAAUGCCUGAUUUAGAAGUCGUAGAGUGCUUAAAUUUUAUGAUAGACGAAAUCUGUAAUGAAUUUGAUAAGUGUACUGAAAAUCUAAACCCAAAUUUAGAAAUAACUUACGAAGAAAACAGGCUUAACAAUCCUGAUGCUUCAAAUUCACAAAAAGAUGAUCUUGGGUAUUCAACUUCUAAAGAAAAAAACACUAAGUCAGAAAAGGGUAUUAAAUUAAAAUACAAAGCUACAAAGACAGCAACACGUCCAUCAAGACGAAAAAAUAAAUUAGGUGUAGAGGAACAAUCUAAUGAAAUUUCAAUAAUUGACAGGGAUAAAAAUGCAGUAACUGAAUAUAACGAAAACUUCUUUGGCCCGAAUAACAAAACAAAUAUAAAGCUUAAAGAGCUUACAGAUAAUAAAACGAAUACGCCCCUAAUACGAAGAAAACGUAAAUUAUAUUCCCCAAAAGACGAAAAAUGUAAUGAAAACUGGAACAGUGAUUGCGAAAAUGUUAGUAAAGCUGUUUCUAACGAAAAGUUGACUCAAUCCAAAUCUAAAAUAACGUGCUAUAAAGAAAUAGAGAAUGAGCGCAUAGAAUAUAAACGUAAAUUGAGAAACAGGAAGUCCAAACAAUUAGUUCUGUCACCAAAAACAAAGAAAAUCAAUGAUGCGUUUGAUAAACUAAAAAAUGAUAACAAUAGCAAUGAAAAACUAAUUUUGGUUGAGAAAACAAAUAAUGUUUCAGUUUAUAAUUUUACUAGUGAUAGCGAAGAUGAUGACUUUAGACUUAGUACAGUAAAACGCAAUAAUAUAACUUCUGGCGGCAACGUUGUUUCGUCGAUUAAAGAUAAAAAUAAAAAAAAGGCUAAUGUUAAACGAAAACUAAACAAUCGUCCGAAAUCUGAUAGUAAAUUUAAAAAGUCUGCGGACCAACUUAUUGAUGAACGUGUCAGAGAACUUGCUGUAGACGUUUUAAAUACAUCGCUAGAAAUUCAAAAACCUUUAGAAAGUAAAGUUAAUAUGGAACCUGCACCCAAAUUGGCGAUGGAACAUAAAAUGGAAGGAAUAACGGAUGAUAAAGUAAAAAUAACAGAAAAGUUUGAAAGCAACAGUGUGAAGAAAAAGCAAAAGAGGAACGGAAAGGCGCUUUCAUUGAAUAAAGAAAAACAUAACUCAAAGGAAGUUAAAACACUAAGCGAGUGUGAAAAAACAACUUUAUCAAACGACACGACCGAUAGAACUGAAAGUCCGCUACCCUUAUUAGUCGUAGAAAAAAUGAUACCACCCCGUGAAGAUAUUGCUAAUGAUUCACUCACAACUAAUGUUAUACAAAAAUUUAAAAAAAUAUACGAAGAAAGACUUGAUACAAUAGGAUGUGAUUUAAAUACAACUCAAAAUUUGCUGUCUGACGUAGAUAAAAAUGAUGAUGACAAUGAACUGAAUAGCUCUUCACAUAUGUAUAAUAUUACUGAGGAGUUAAAUCAAAUAUCUAAAUGUUUAGCUCCAACAUCCAAAUCAUCCCCGUUAGAAGAAAAACAGUCGCUUAUUAAGGAAACCAAAAAAAGUAUGAAGAAUGAUAAAAGUAAUAAAUGUGUCUUUCAAAAGGAAUUAAAUAAAAAAUUAAGCACCGGCAGUAAACAAAAUAAAAUAAAUUCAAAUGAUGAAAUAAUAAAUAUAUCAGGAAAUACAGAAAUAUAUUUAGAAAAAUCUAUUGAUACUGUUGGCUCUUCCCCUAUAACUGCGCAUGGAAAUCUUGAUUUGUGUAAAGACGAUUUACCUCCAAGUCGUGAGCUUUUAAAAACAGAAAUUCAACCGAGAAAUUUAGAAAUAGAUGACUUAAAUAAAUCCUUAAGGGAUUUCUUUGUUAAGCUUAACAGAGAAAUUAUUGAAGAGUCUCGCAAUAUGGAUGAAAAUCCUAAUUCAAAAUUUAGGGAAAGCAGUCCGAUUAAUUACGAAGACAAAGUUGUUACUAAGGAGCUUCCGGUAGACACUAAUGGAGACAUUGCAAGAAUUGUAAUGUCUCCAUUAGUAUCUGUCGGAAGGUUGCCAUCAGAAGAAAUUAUCAAAUGGCUGCCAUCACUUCCCAAUUCUGAUUCAGCAUCCAGUCUUGAUUCAAACUAUCUUAAGAAGAAGUUUGAACGAUGCGUUUCAAAUCAAACUGUUGAUGGAACAAAAAAAAGGAACAUUUCCGUAGCAAAAACGAAAAAAUCUACCGAAUCGACAGAAAAAAAAUAUUUCCGUUAUUCACAAAUUUCACCUAUAAAGUUAUUCGAUGAUAUUAAACCAAUCGCAAAACAAAAUUCUGUCGCGUCGGAAUCAAACGAGUAUGUUAAGCAUAUUAAAAAUCUGUUUUGUGAUAAUAAACACGUUUCUUCAACCAUUGAUAUGCAAAACCAACCUAAGACUGGAAAUUAUUGCUUGAGGAGCUUGACAGCAGUCCAUAAGAGAGAAUCGAGUCAAGAUUCCAAGAUGAGUAAGUCUACGAAAAUAGAUCCUUCAAAGGCUUCGGAGACAACUGCAUGUAAAAGUAAAUCUACUAAGUCUGUCAUUGAAUGUGUAGAAAAUCCACUUGAAAAUAAUAAAUACUGGUUAAGAAGUUCGUCAGCAAUCCAUGAUAUAGAGUCGUGUCAAGAUUCCAAUAUGAGUAUGACCACGAAAAUAAACGCAUCAAGAGUUUCGGAGAAAACUCCAGUAAAAAGAAAAUCUACUGCGACGUCUCAAGAGAGUAAAAAACAAAAAGUCGAAGUCAACGACACCCAGAAAAUAUGCGACAGCUAUCCAAGUAUUUCCAGUGUGAACGACUGGCUUAAAAGACCUGUUCCUACGACUAGUAGAGCUGAAUCACUUGAUUUCGGUUUUAAAGAGAACAUAGUAAACGUAAUCGAAAAAUUAGACACAACACUUGUCGAAAUACAUCACAAUACAAAUAAGAAGUUCAUAAACUUGUUCGUGGAAUCGCAAAAACAGCUGAACCAGCUGAAAGACCAACGCCGUACUCAAUGCAAGCAAGUCGCUGCGGGUUUGCUCAGAGACAUAGUUAAGCUGAUCGAUGUCAAGUUCUCUGAAAUGGAUAGGAGAUCUCAAGAAAUGGACGAGCAGUUUAUGGAAGAUCUGAAAGAACGCGCUCGCAGGCUUAUCCAAGACGAUUGUAGGCAGAAAAGAGCUAUGGUGACCUUGCUGCGUGAAGACGUGCAAGCGGUGUUAGACUUUGUUAAUAAAGAUAAAACAAAAGAUAUGUUACAGAAGUAA